CUUUUUGUGGCUUUUUUCAGACUGUUUAGGUCUAUCGGUCAGUGCUGAAGCUCCGCGCGAACUGUGUAUAUCAUUCACAUAUAUCGCACUUAAAAUAACAAAAAAAGCGAAGUUACCGGUUUGGUAUUUUUGUUGACAUCUACAACAUAUGGAUCGUCAGCGCUUUGUUUUUAAAACGGGCUAAACCGUCUCUGUUUAGUAGGAAAUAAAUCAGCAGAGCUAGCUGAAGUAGCAGACAGCGUCAGUGGAGGCUCGAAUAACCGGAGGAGUAGCUUUUACUCGUUGGAUGUCACUACGUUAGAUCCACUGUCAGCUAACGCGUCCAACAGCAUAUUCCGCACUCGGUCGCGGUGUAAAACGGUUUUUUCAAACAAUCAGAACGCUCUGCUCAAGCUGUCGUUUAUGGGAUCACCAUGUCCAUGAAGCCGCAGGCCGGUGGUAAUCGCAAACCCGGCGGAAGCACCAGCGGAGCCGCAGCGGCCUCCGGUACCGGGGGAGCAGGAGGAGGCGUCGGACGCCAGAACAUAGGAAGAGGACGCAACAAUGCCAAAGGACCCUCCAAUGCAGUGGCCUUUAGUGGGGUUUAUGCAAACAUGAGAAUGGUUCAUGUUUUGACCUCAGUUGUGGGAACCAAAUGUGAACUUAAGGUUAAAAAUGGACUGAUCUAUGAAGGAGUUUUUAAGACCUAUGGCCCAGAGUGUGACAUUGUCCUGGAUGCUGCGCACAGGAAGAGUGUAGACCCCAGUGUGGGCCCUCGCCGUGAGGAUAUUGUGGAGAGCAUUAUCUUCAAGUCCUCAGAUGUAGUGGUAGUUCACUUCAAAGAUGUGGACCUCAGCUAUGCCAAGAAAGUCUCAUCAGAUGCAGAUAACUUCACAGACAGUGCUGUGAGUGCCCGUCUUAAUGGAGAGCACAAAGAGAAGGAUCUGGAACCCUGGGAUGGAGGGGAGCAGCACAUCUCAGGCAGCAUGGAGUCUCUUGACACUGAUCUGGUGAGACAACAGUCAACAAAUCUUGACAUAAUGUAG